UGAUGAUGAUAAUGACACUGAUGAUUUUUAACCGGAUUAAAAUCGAGUUUUUCUGAAUGUUCAUAAGAAUUUCUCCGGCCUCCUGAUUGACUUUGGAGUUUUGCAUCUUGGGAGAGAAAGUGAAGGCAUUAGCAUUUUUAAGUGGAUUGAUCACAUAAACCUUUUCUCUCCCAACCAACCCCACCCUUGCCCUCAUCCCCUCCCCCAGGCUCGAAAGAAUUUUACUGGCUGUUAAGUCUGUGACCUUAUUUUUCCUGAUCUUUAACUUAACUGUUUUAGAGCAUCUCUGGACGUCUGUAUUUUUAAUUUUUUAUUUUUGUUUUUUUUAUUUUUAAUCUUUCAUUUGUUAAAUUUUUAAACUGUGCUGCAAUAAAAUGUGUGUGGUACUACUUAACACCUAUGAUGGUGAUGGCGGCAUUUUCCCAGAAAGCCAUUUUCCUCCUGUUACCCUUGAAAUCCCAUCCUGCUUUUCCUGUACACUACUUCCCUUCACAAACCACAAGCUGCAGCAACAUGGAUGCCCAGCCUGGAACAGCAGCAGCCAGGAUGACCUGGAGCCAGGGGGGCCUUCGGAACAGAUGCACACCCUUCCCGGGUGAUGGUAAGAGUUUUUCAGCUUUGUGAAGAACCUUAACAUCAAAGAAAAUGGCCAGCAAUGUCACCAACAAGACAGAUCCUCGCUCCAUGAACUCCCGUGUAUUCAUUGGGAAUCUCAAUACUCUUGUGGUCAAGAAAUCUGAUGUGGAGGCGAUCUUUUCAAAAUACGGCAAAAUUGUGGGUUGCUCUGUUCAUAAGGGCUUUGCCUUUGUUCAGUACGUUAAUGAGAGAAAUGCCCGGGCUGCUGUGGCAGGAGAGGAUGGCAGAAUGAUUGCUGGCCAGGUUUUAGAUAUUAAUCUGGCUGCAGAGCCAAAAGUGAACCGAGGAAAAGCAGGUGUGAAACGAUCUGCAGCGGAGAUGUACGGGUCAGUACCAGAACACCCUUCUCCGUCCCCUCUACUCAGCUCCUCUUUUGACUUGGACUAUGACUUUCAACGAGAUUAUUAUGACAGGAUGUAUAGUUACCCAGCACGUGUUCCUCCUCCUCCUCCUAUUGCUCGGGCUGUAGUUCCUUCAAAACGCCAGCGUGUAUCAGGAAACACCUCACGAAGAGGCAAAAGUGGCUUCAAUUCUAAGAGUGGACAGCGAGGAUCUUCUUCUAAGUCUGGAAAGUUGAAAGGUGAUGACCUUCAGACCAUUAAGAAGGAGUUGACCCAGAUAAAACAAAAAGUGGAUUCUCUACUGGAAAGCCUGGAAAAAAUUGAGAAAGAACAGAGCAAACAAGGAGUAGAGAUGAAGAAUGAUAAGUCAGAAGAGGAGCAGAGCAGCAGCUCCCUGAAGAAAGAUGAGACUAAUGUGAAGAUGGAGUCUGAGGGGGGUGCAGAUGACUCUGCUGAGGAGGGGGACCUACUGGAUGAUGAUGAUAAUGAAGAUCGGGGGGAUGACCAGCUGGAGUUGAUCAAGGAUGAUGAAAAAGAGGCUGAGGAAGGAGAGGAUGACAGAGACAGCGCCAAUGGCGAGGAUGACUCUUAAGCACAUAGUGGGGUUUAGAAAUCUUGUCCCAUUAUUUCUUUACCUAGGCGCUUGUCUAAGAUCAAAAUUUUCACCAGAUCCUCUCCCCUAGUAUCUUCUUCAGCACAUGCUCACUGUUCUCCCCAUCCUUGUCCUUCCCAUGUUCAUUAAUUCAUAUUGCCCUGCGCCUAGUCCCAUUUUCACUUCCUUUGAUGCUCCUAGUAGUUACGUUAAGUCUUACCCUGUAAUUUUUGCUUUUAAUUUUGAUACCUCUUUAUGACUUAACAAUAAAAAGGAUGUGUGGUUUUUAUCAACUGUCUCCAAAAUAAUCUCUUGGUAUGCAGGGAGUACAGUUCUUUCCAUUCAUACAUGAGCUCAGUAGUUGCUUCCCUAACUGCAAAGGCAAUCGCAUUAGUUGAGUAGCACCUGAGAGCAGCUUUGAGUUAGAGGUAUGUGUGUUAUACCCCACAUAAGAGUGCUAUGUGGGGCUGUUCAACACAAAUGUAACAAUGUAUUUUUGUGAAUGAGAGUUGGCAUGUCAUAUGCAUCUUCUAGAAAAAUAAUUAGUGUAAUAGUCUUAAGAUUUGUUUUCUAAAGUUGAUACUGUGGGUUAUUUUUGUGAACAGCCUGAUGUUUGGGACCCUUUUUUCUCAAAAUAAACAAGUCCUUAUUAAACCAGGAGUUUGGAGAAAAAAAACCUGGUUUUUUAUUUUUGUAUUUUAUAAUUGUUUACUUCAAAUUCUUUGUUUCACAGCGGCCUCCACAAAAACGCUAGAAUGUACUAAAAAUAUUUUUCUUUGAGUCAUAGUCUUCGCUCAUACGAACAUACACUACUCAAAUGAUGUGUCAUUGGGGUGGGUAUCGCUUUGAUGUGGAGUGGAGAUUCUUGUGCAGAAUGGCUUUUCUAUCCUAAUGAAAAGGUUUGGGAACAAUAUUAAGAUACUUCAUUAAUGUUUUGUGGUCCAUUUGGCACCCUUUUUGAGAUUUUUGUUGUGUGCUAGAUCUUUCUGUCCUUAAAUAGAAGAGGUUCAAACAUGUCAGGAUUUUAGGAAAAUUUGAAACAACUGGAGAAUGAACCUCUGUUCCUUUCAUUAUAUCUUUUUAAUUGCUAUUUAGAGUCGCAGUUACUUUUGGAUUCUGAGUCUGUGCCUCCAAGUUCCUAAGAAUAGAAAAGCUCGCUCUUCUGUGCUCUGCUAUAGUUUAUACCUUCCCAGGUGACUGAGAACAUUUACUUUCAAUUAGUUUAAUCCAUAUAAAUAAUUUUUGUUCCUUUCUCCUGUGUGAUUAAUUUCAGUGGUUUUUGUUUUGUUUUUUUUUGUUUUUUGUUUUUUGUUUUGGUCAUGAUACUAAUUAGCACUUAGACUUCUACGGAUGGAUAGAUAUGUUACACUUGCCUAACUAAUCCUGAAAGGUCUGGUUUAUGUUUUUAUACUUGUUUCCAGCAGAGCAGGAUAAGAACAUGGCUAGUUUGGACUAUUACCAUUUACACAAACCUUGGAUUCCCCAGAAAGUUGCUGUUUCAUAGCAUGCAACAAAGGCAUUUCUUUCCAACCUACUGUGGGCAGAAGUCCAUUCCUAUUUAUUAAGAUCUCAAAAAAUCAUUUUAUAUAACACGUGACAAAGCAGAAUAGAAGGAAGAGGCUAAUCUCCGAACCCCUUGGACCCCAUAUCCAUAGUACAAAAGUAGCUUUUGUGGAUUAAUUUGGUCAAAAAUACUUCUACUCCCCGCUUUGUUUUCUGAUGUAACAUGAUUUCAUGUUACAGAAACUCACUUUAAGCACAUAAUCCCCAAAAUAAGCUGGAUGCUUAGAAGAAAGGGUUAUGGUUCCAAGAUGUCAGUAAAACCUAUUUAAGAUAAUAAUGUUAGCUAUCAGCAACUAAAAGAUGCUGGACCAGUUAAGCCAUGCAUGAAAGGGUCUACACUUUUAAUUUCAUAUGAAACCAAGUAUUGAAAGAAACUGUGGAAAGCUUAAAGGUACAGUCAUGUGCUCUUCAAAAAUGUAUACACACAUCCAAGGUUAUUGAUAAAAUGCCGACAUUUCUAGUUUGUCUUAAUGGGGAAGAGUAAUUUCACACUGUAUGUCUCAGACUAUUAGGAGUUUAAAUUUAAACAGUACUGUAAGAUUUCUGUAAUCAUAGAUUAUACUCUUAAUACUUGGAAAUUCAAAAUCCUAGGCCAAAGCUUAGAGAAAAGGAAACUUGACUGAAAUAGCAUAUAGUUCUAUAUCUUGCAAGCUGAUGAAAUGCAGAUACUACAAGUUUUUUUUAAAAAAAGAGAUCGUUGUCUUAAAGACCAUUGGUCUAAUAAAGGCUUAUAGUCAUUGUUAACAUCAUUUAACUCUGGGCCCCAGGAAAAGAGAUUGGAAUAGGUUCAAUAGAAAUAGAGGCAGAGGAGGCAUGGGCUCUGCGGUUUAGCAGUGGGUUGGCAGAGCAGGUGAGGUUGAAAAGCUUGACAGUUUGAGAGAGAGCUAAUUUUUUAGAGGAAAUUCUGAGUAACUUGACAAUCUCAAAAGAGCAGGCCUUAAGCUAUAAGCUAUUUAAUAGAAAUAAGACUUACCAUAGUAAAAUACGGUGAUGACUUUGUUGGGUAUUAAAAAUUUCAGAAUAAUGGUUUAUCCAAUAUGCCCAGGAAAUAAAAGAAAACAACCUGGAAGCUUUUAAAGACUGCACUGUCCAGCCAGGAUUGGAUGAAGAAGGUGGAUGACUUAAAUCCCUUUGGAACAUUUCUGAUGCUACAUAAUUUUUAAUGGGGAGACUUCUGUGGCAUUCACUGGCAAAGGUACUUUUCUACUUUUGCUAUUUCACUAGUGAAAGGAGCUAACUUAAAGCUGUUGGAUUGGAAUGGGCGACAAAUUUGGAACACUUGAAAAGAGGGUUUCCAAUAGAUUUCAGAUGUUACCCCAACAUCUGAAACCUGUGAGGAUUAGUAGUACUAGUCGUACAUGUUUUAAAGUCUCUUAAGAGAACUAGGUGUAAGAGAAUGGGAAAAUGCAAACAAGAACAAUAGAAUUAUGAUAAAUUGGAAAGGAGUCAAAUGAGUAUUAAGAAUAUAAUGGAAGAAAGGGUAGAUUAAAAAUAAGCAUCAUUAAAGCCAUACAGUAACUAUAAAAUACCAGUAAAGGAAUCUAGUGAAUAACUUAGCAGCAGUAUGUUGAUACAAACGUGUAAGUAGCUAGGGGAAGGAAAUCUUGCAGGUAUGAUAUGCAAAGUAAAGAAAUGGAAGCCGAGACACUAUACUUCACAAACAUUGGUGGUUUUAGGUAAACUGGAUGAUAACAGUGGGAUGUGUUGUGGAAGUAGUUGGGAAAUAGAGAAAUAGCUAGGUACUUAUUUUUAGGAAAGUGAGAAAACAGCAUCAUUGAUUGUGGCCUUGGAGAAUAAAGGAUUUAGCCAUAGAAGUUGAUCUUUUUAUUUAGUUUGAGGAAAAUUUGCCUGUACCACUGUCAAAAUGGGGUUUGAGUUUUAUACCCUAGUUCAGAUCACACUGACCAAGGAAAUGCAUUUCAGUUGAGUUUUAGAUGGACAAGGAAAAAGUACAGUGAUACCUUGAAGCCAGUCAAAAAUAGUAAACACAGAUCUGACAGAAAUGGGAGUGACCAGUAAAUGAGCUACAUAUGAUAUGUAUAGAAUGGGCUGGUAAGUAACUGUAGUGACUCGUUUGCUUUAUCAAUGCUGUUUAUCUCAUAGAGAACAGGUACCAUUUAUAUUGUAUUAUUUGAUGAAUAAGGGGCUCUCAGAGAAUUUCUAGUGUUUUUAGAAAGACCUUGGGAUAAAGUAAAAAUUGGGCCAGCUAAAUAGUACAGAAAAAGCUAGAUUUAGAGGUACACCUGACUGGGAUGACAGAAUUCCAAAUGUUUAGAGAGAAUAAAUUAGAGGUGUUGGAAAAUUACGUUUGAAUUUCAGUUAAUCAGAUUAAUCCUAAUCAGGAAGACCUCAAAAGAACAUGUGGUUGCAUUAGUAACUUUCAAAUUAAUUUUUUAAAAAAAUAGUCCUAUUACGAAAAACAGGGCCUGUGUGGAGAGUUGGAGUUAAAAACCCUGUUUGAGUUGGGGUGGACUUCUCCCUGACCUUAAGUCAGAACUACAGUAGAAGGGAUAGUGUAAUGGGGUGAAUGCCAAAAAAAAAAAAAAAUAGUAGCAG